CUACUUAUUUUCCUCCCGACAAAAGAAAUAAUUUAGCUAAUCUCGCCGGAAUUUCCUGACUGGUUCCGCCGGAGGCGUUGCGGCGGCUCUGGUUGCGAUCACUGGUUUUUAUCCGGCGAGAGAGCGAAAAUGGUGAAUGCAAUGGUGCAAAGAGCUACAAGCGACAUGCUGAUCGGUCCAGAUUGGGCGAGGAAUAUCGAGAUCUGCGAUAUAUGCAACUCGGAUCCCGCACAAGCAAAAGAUGUUGUGAAAGGUAUAAAGAAUCGCAUACGUAGCAGACGGCCCAAAGUCCAGCUCCUUGCCCUGACUCUAUUGGAGACCAUUGUGAAGAACUGUGGUGAUAUUGUCCACGUGCUUGUUGCUGAGAGGGAGUUGCCGCGUGAGAUGGUGAAAAUUGCAAAGAAGAAGCCGGAUAUUCGUGUGAAAGAGAAGAUAUUAAUAUUGAUAAAUACUUGGCAAGAUGCCUUUGGAGGACCAAGGGCAAGAUAUACCCAAUACUUUGCAGCUUAUCAGGAGUUGUUGCGCGCUGGAGCAGCUUUCCCCAGAAUUUCCGAGGCUUCAAAACCUUUUUCAGCACCAACAUUUUACCCACAAAAUCUCAGUAAUUCUGAGUCUAGACCGCCUCCAGCUGAUUCAUCCGUUGAAUCUGAUUUUCCAACAUUGAGCCCGACAGUAAUGGAAAAUGCACGUGGUGUUAUGGAUGUCCUUGCCGAGAUGCUGAAUGCUAUAGGUCCUGAUAACAAAGAGGAAGUAAAGCAAGAUAUCAUUAUUGAUCUGGUGAAAAAGUGCAGUGCGUAUAAGAUUAGAGUGGUACAUCUUGUUAAUUCAACGACGGAUGAAUCACUGUUAUGUCAAGGACUGGCUCUGAAUGAUGAGUUGCAACGUAUUUUGGCUAGACACGAAUCAAUUUCUUCCGGCUCUAUCCCUGUUCUUCAACCCGAGAGCAAAAAAUCCGAACCUGCUCGAGCCUUGGUCAACAUUGAUGCUCCCCUCAUUGACACUGGCGAUACACAAUCAGAAAAUGGAUCGGCCUAUGAAACUAGUUUAGAGGGACAGUUGCUGCUCACGGCCGCUGCUCCUCCGUCAGCUAAUGGACAACUGACAACCACAGCAAAAGUUGAUCUUUUGAGCGGAGAUGAUUUCAACUCGCCGGCAGCAUACUCUCUGGCACUUGUUCCUUUGUCGGAUCCUCAGCCGACGAGCCCAGCUGCGUCCCAGCAGAAUAUUCUCGCUCUGGUUGAUAUGUAUCCACCGAGUAACCUUCAAUCCUCAAAUUCCAAUGGGCAAGCCUAUUCUUCAUUACCUCAUAUUCAGCAACAAAGUAAUGGUCAAUCUCCACUGACGUCUCUACUCCCUAACGGAAUUGCUUCGAGCCUGAUAGCACCGCAACAUGACCAGUCGACUUACUCGCAAGAACCUGCCUUCCUGUGGAAUGUUCAGACGAACCAGCAACAACUGCCAGACUCACCAACUUAUGGUUCUGAAAGUAGCAGUGCUUUUCCUCCUCCCCCAUGGGAAGCCCAGCUGGACAACAGCAUGUCAGCCAUUAGCCAACCUCAAGAAUCGCAAGUAGCAGCCAACGGCUUCCAGCCAUCGCCAAGUGGGGCCUACAUUCCACAACCCGAAACAAAGUCAAACAUCCCAGAGGUGGUAGGACCCUAUAUGUAUCCAAGCCACUUGAGCAACCAGAUGAUGGGGGCUAUGCAACAACCCAUGGGCGCGUAUCAUCAACCAAUGCAAGCCGACCAGAUGGGGUAUGCGUAUCCCCAGCAUAUGCACGACAACCAAAUGGCCGGCUAUGGCUAUGCCUACUGUCUUGAGCAGAAUAUGUCCGGCUUAUCAAUGAGGGACGGCGUUGCAUCUUCUUCUUCUUACUCUGCAUCGGCACUAUCCCACGUGCCAUCUGGAAAGCUGAAGAAACCGGAGGACAAGCUCUUCGGUGACCUGGUUGACAUCACCAAAUUCAAACCAGCCAAAGCAAGAGCAGGUUGAAUUGGGAGUUGCUUCUUGUGCAUUGGCACCUCCUAAUUCCAUAUGCAUUUUUUGUAAUUUGUUUGUUUGGACUGUAUCAUUGCAUUCACACCUUCUCUCUCAUACACACAAAAUAACCCUUCUCUCACACAUAAAAUAAAGGGGAAGGGGCCAUUCUUUUUGGGCAAGGCUAUAUAUUUUUAAGUGUCCACUACUUUUAUUACA